AUGUCUCCGCCAUCGAUUGGGACGAAGACUCGAGGCUUCUCAGGUUUUGCCUACUUUCAGAAUGGCUCGAGGAUGCGUGCACGAACGUCGGCCUCACUACACCUCCACAUUCUCCGCAGGUGUUCUCUACCAACAGAUGUGUCGCCCGGGGUGCCAACACAGAGGCAGUACUCCAACAGGUCCAACGAGAACGGUCUUCCUCGAAGGCUUCGCACCGCCUACACCAACACACAACUACUGGAGCUGGAGAAGGAGUUUCACUUCAACAAGUACCUGUGUCGACCCCGCAGGAUAGAGAUAGCUGCCUCCCUCGACCUCACGGAAAGACAGGUGAAAGUGUGGUUCCAGAACCGGCGGAUGAAGCACAAGAGGCAAGCGAUGACGAAGAGUGACGACACGGACAAGAAGAGGGACGGGGAGCAGCGGUCCGGCGUGGACGACGCCACUAACAACAACACCAAGUCGGUGCCGUCCUCCCCAGACAGUAUGUGUUCAUCCGACGUCAAGAAGGAGGAGAGCAACGACAGCCUGCCGCUCCCCAGUGCCUCAGCUGCCGCAGGAGUGCCGCCCACUACCGUGGGCUCCGGAUUGCCAGGUGGCCCACGUGGCACCUGUGGCACGUUGCCACCGCUCGAACCUGGCAAAGUGAAAUGUGAGGAGAGCGGAAACCUCAGGUAUCCGGGGCCGCUGGGCUUCAACGGCGAGAGCAUCACUAUGAAGGACGGCUGCCCCCAGGAUACGGCACCCCUUAACACGCCGCCCAUUCCCCGAGCCACCCCGCCCCUCACCCCUGCCACGCCCACUGCCUCACCAGCCCACCUGACCGGGGCACGAGGAGUGCCAGGGUCUCCCGCCCUCACUACCCCGCCCAUCACCUCGGCCAGGGCAGCGCCGCUCACCGCCACCACCACCGCCGUGGCCGCCGCCGCUUCCACCACCAGCUCCAUCACGCCACAUGGGUUCGGUGGCAGCGGCGGGGGCCGCGGAGGCGCAGGGAGAGGCUCCACUUUCUCCUCCUACUGCAGCAGUAGCAGCAGUAGUAGCAGCAGCGGAGAGAACAAGGGGCGCGGUGUAUCCGGCUCCUAUCCUGGCGCCUACCGGGGCUCCUGGGUGGACCAGUACCGGGGAAUGGGCCGCGCCACGCCCCCGCAGUUCAUGACCAACACCAACACCCGCGCCUCCAACGCCCACGGUUAUGACUACACGUGUGCGCAGCAGCACCAACAGCAGCAGCAACAACAACAGCGGGGACAGCACAUGUACAACGGCGGGUACGGGAUGGACGGUUACAGCUACAACCGUCACUACUACAACAACAACAUGAUGUGUAGUGACGGUUACUCUGGCUACAACUACAUGUACGGCAGCGGUGGUAUGUACUCGUGUAGCGGGCAGAAUGACGCCGCCGCCCACCAGUACUACGACUCUUACCCCAUGUGUGGCUCUACUGGCUACGACCAUACGGAGAAAGGUACUGCCAUGAACGCGAUGGCCACCAACAACCCGGCCAACAUGGCCAACAUGGCCAAUAUGACUCAGGGCGGCGGUUACUAUAAUAGUGCUAGUGCCAACGGCGGCGCGGGGAGUGAGGGCGUGGCCUACCAGGACCAGCAAUACCACCAGCAGCAGAACGACCACGACCUUAACUUUACUUUUAACUUCUUCGAGCAGAGCGGUGGUGGUGGCGGCGGCGGAGGUGGUGGUGGCGGCACAGGAGGCGGCGCCGGUGGCGGCACCAGCGGCAGCACAGCGCCCAGCGAGAACAGCAACUCCUCAGACUUUAACUUCCUGACCAACCUGGCUAAUGACUUCGCCCCGGAGUACUACCAGCUGAGCUGAGCCCCAGCCGAGGUAGUGUGGCGGAGGCCCGGCUCUCACAACACCACCAACCUUCACCGACGUACAGUGACGCUCCUCCAGGCGGCGUAAUGAUUUCAUAAUACCAGAACAUUUGACCCGUGAUAUACAGUGGCUCCCUCUCCUCACGUGAUGGUGAGGACGUUGGACUGGUCGUGAGUGGGCUUCUCCUCUACCCUCCCCUCUCAUCACCCUUCUAGUGUAUAGCAGUAAGGACCUCCCCCCCCCCGCGCCAGUGUGUCGCCCAAGACGUCAUUAUAACCUCCGGGAGUCACUAUCGGAGUGCCCAGAGACGGUGUCACUGCGGGCGCUUCACUGCCUGUGGCAGUGCUGUGAGAGUGCCAGGACAGAUCUUGUGGGAGGGACAGUGACGGGUCGAGUGCAUGAUGGCACCAUGAGGACCUGGCACCCUUCUGCUGCUGCGGGUCAGUCCUUCUCACUGUGAUGUGAACCACUAGGUGAUGCGUCAUCUGACACACUUCCCGGUGCACAAGUAUGGCUCCAGGGGUGUACAUGGGUGCGUGUGUGUGUAGGUUCAAGUACCAACUGUGGCCAGACGUGUCAAAUGUUUGGCCCCAAAAUUAUCCGGAAACGGCCUUCAAGGUAUUCAAUAUAACCCAGGCUUGCAAAUGUGGCCAGAUAUAUUAAAAUAUGGCACUAGGUUUCGUGGUCCAAAGUGCCAAGUGUGGUCCCGUGUCUUGUAGUUAAAAAAAGGUAUAAAGUGUUGGUGCCAUUUUCCCUGGUGAGGUGUCUGUCAAGUUGUUCAGUCAGAGGUGACCCGAUGCUGUGAGGAAGUCAAGUGGCGUCGUGUGGAUGACUCUCACAGUGACGAGUGAGCUAAAUCCUGAGAGGUGUUGGCAGGAGUCAGCACUAUGGGAGCACUGGUAAUGGGUAGUGAGGCACAAACCUCACUACAGGUGAGUUCACAACACGAGGCCGACGCUCAAGUGAAGUGUAAGACGGAGGUUCUCGACUUGAUGGACAAGAGCUCAUGCGUGUGUGUCAGAGCUCGUGAAUUGUGGGUUUAGAAAUAGUGAAACGUGGGUGAUACCUGGUUCACUGUGGGCCCGAAGUUGAUGAAAACGAGAGUCAAAGUUAGUGAUGCGUGGCUCCAGGAAGUAAAAAUAUGACCCAAGAUUUCUGCAACCUGUGGGCCAGAAGGAGUGAGAGAGAUGGCCACAGCUAGUGAAACGAGCCCCAGGUAAUGGAACAGGCCUCAGCUCAUAAAAUGGGGGCCAUAGCUACUGAAAAAGCUGGCCAGAGCUAGUAAAAAAUGGGCCAAAGCUGGUGGUGGCGACAUAUGGGCCACAGGCCAUGAAAACAAAAGUAGAACUGUGUUGCCAGUCAUUCCAGACAACCCCCUCCUCCCCCCACCACCUCCUCCAUCACCUCGAACCCCUGUAGAUGUCCCCCCUCGAUAUCCCUCCCCCUUUCACACACCCCCUCACCCCCUGUGCCGUGGUAGAAGAGCGUUGUAGUUGACCUCAAACUUCCUCCUCUCUCCCGUAGAUGAUAAGCUUCGGUCUGUCCCUUAAAACGUGACCUCUGGACUCGAGAGGUCACUUGGUGAUAAAGGGUCGCGGCGGUGCGGUUUUGUUGUCGAAUUUUUCAGCAAUAAUUUAAUACUUUUCAUUUCCUUAUAUUUUUUUUUUUUGUUCUUGAGAUGAACUCUAGAAAAAUAGAAAGAAAAUUAUCAUCUCUCUUGAUUGACGGAAAAGAGAUAAAGUGAGGAGAUAAUGUUAUAAAUCAUGGUAUCUUCCUUAGGUUAUUGUGUGUGUGUGUGUGUGUGUGUGUGUGUGUGUGUGUGAUAACAGGGAAAAUCUCAUCAUCGGCUUGGGGAAAGUCUGUUGCCAAAAUACAGGACAAGAAAUAUCAGUUGAUAAAAUAAUUUCGCCAUUAAUCGGGGAAAUUACCGACAAAGGACAAAAUAGUAUUAUAUCAGUCCAGAAAAUUCGGCAAAAAUUAGGGAAAAUUACUACGAAAAUACCGGAAAUUUUAGUGAAGUCUAGAGAAAUUUAGGGAAAUUGACAUAACGCCACAAUAGAAAUACCGCCAAAGAAAUAUUACCAGAAAUUAUAAGGAAAUAAUUACUAUAAGGACAAUGAAUAUUUCCAAGUUAAAUUUUUUCGGAAAUAGUCAAUCAAGCUAUCUAUCGCCACUGAACAAUAAGUGUACCGAGGAUAUAUUAUUUUCUCCAGAUAUCAAGAAAAUUAUUGGCAACAAAUAAUCACAAAAAUUACCAAAUUAUUCGGGGUUUUUUCUUGGGGGUUACCUUCAAUAAAUUAGUGACUCCGAAAUAUACACAUCUGAAAAGUGAAUAUAUACUGUAUUUAUAAGACUGAUAUACUGUAUAGCCAUAGUUUAGUAAGUUAGAAAAAAUAUCAACAUCUUACUAAAUUUAUUAUAUUUUCACUACAAUUCCUUAACAAUAAAACGUUAAUUUAAAUAUAUGUUCAUUGUAUUAAUUAAAAACUUAUUAAAAUAAAAGGACAAAUUUGG